CUGACCACCACCAUUUCCUCCCCUGGUAUCCCUCGAAUCCAUCCCCUUUCCCGCAGCCUCAUCCAGGAUGGCAAAGGCGCUCGACUUCCUCGCUGAUGACAGCGCAGCUGCAUCAACAUCGAGGAGACCAGCCAAAGCGCCUCGUACGGCCGCCACACCAGCAUCUUCUUCAUCUUCUUCAGCCCUCGUGGCUCCUGCCAGGAAUCGUCGAGCAGCCCUACCUCAGGCUCAAGAAGCUGCAGCCGACGACGAUGAUGACGAUGAUGACGAGGCUGUGAUCGCUUCAGCUCUGCACAAGCACAAUGUCAAGGCUGGAGUUGAAGUCGCCAAGGCUGCCAGUAAAGUCAAGGGCAAAGGCAAGGCAAAGAGCGGCGAAACAGUAGGAGGUGGCAGCUUCCAGAGCAUGGGACUGAUGCCAUCACUGCUCAAGUCACUCCUUGUCCGAGGCUACACCACCCCAACACCAAUUCAGCGCGCCUCUAUCCCUUCCAUUCUGGCACAGCCAUCUCGUGAUCUCGUAGGAAUGGCUAGGACUGGAUCUGGAAAGACUCUGUCAUACGUCGUGCCCCUGAUUCACAAGCUCAAUGGCUCUCACUCCACAUCUUUCGGCAUCAAGGCGCUGAUUCUCUGUCCAGGACGAGAGCUGGCGCUGCAGAUCUUGAAGGUCGGCAAGGACAUUGCCAGGGGAUGCAAGCAGCAGGACGCGGAAGCUAUUAGGUGGGCAAUGAUCGUCGGUGGAGAAUCGCUAGACGAGCAAUUUGCUCUGAUGGCGAGCAAUCCCGAUGUCGUCAUUGGUACACCUGGUCGUCUGCUACAUCUAGCAGUCGAGAUGAACAUGGAUCUGUCUGCUGUCAAGUAUGCCGUCUUUGACGAGGCCGAUCGACUGUUCGAAAUGGGUUUUGCUGCUCAACUGGAAGAGCUUCUCAAGAGGCUGCCAGUGAACAGACAGACACUACUCUUUUCGGCUACGCUGCCAAAGUCCCUUGUCGAAUUUGCAAGAGCUGGUCUUGGAGCCAACCCAAAGCUGGUACGUUUGGAUGGUGAGAGCAAGAUCUCCAGCGAGCUGCGAAUGGGAUUCAUCAGUCUCAAGCCUGCCGACAAGGAAGCUGCACUACUGAUACUGCUACGGGACGUCAUUGGCGUACCAUUCGGCGAGCAAGCCUCUCAGGACGAGGUGUUGUCAGGCUGGGACAGGAAACGCAAAUUCGGCCAAAGGAAGGCAGGAAACAUGCCAGGCGGCAUCAGAGGUACAGAUCAUCUCCUUCCUCAUCAGACCAUCAUCUUCUGCGCCACCAAGCAUCACGUCGAGUACCUGCUCGCGCUGCUCACCCACAUUGGGUAUGCCUGCUCGCACAUUUACUCAUCGCUAGACCAGACGGCUCGUUCAUUGGAGAUGAAACGGUUCAGAGAGGGUCGUACCAGCUUGCUUGUCGUCACUGACGUCGCCGCUCGAGGUAUCGACUUGCCUGUCCUCGAGCAUGUGGUCAAUUACGACUUCACUCCCUCUGCGCGAGUCUUUGUGCACAGAGUCGGUCGAACAGCUCGAGCCGGUAAGAGCGGGUGGGCGUGGAGUCUGGUGACGAACAAGGAGCUGCCUGCUCUAUGUGACCUCCAGCUGUUCUUGAACCGACCACUGGCGCCUUCGCCUACUCCCACCGGCGAUGGAGGCGACGAGACCCCACUGCUCGAUGCUCACACCUCACUGCAUCUGGGUACGCUUCCUCGCGAGGCACUAGACGUAGAGAACGAGUACCUCACCUCUACGCUGCAAUCUGUCGACUCGAGCACAUCCGAUCAAUUGGAGGCCUUGAAGAAAGUCCUUCUUCGCGCUCACAAAAUGUACGAGCGGUCGAACGGGAGCGGCAAGCCAGGAGCUCAGAGCUUGAAACGCGUCAAGAAGAUGCUCGACCGACCUGAAGACGGGGGCGAGGGCGAUGUCUGGAAGCUGGCCGGUAGUGGCAAGGAGGAGAGCGGAAUCAUCGACUUUUACCGACGCCCAUCUGCAUACGGUCUCUCUGGCGCUGGCGGCACCGGUGCCGGUUCGAAGCAGACUGCUCGGAAGCACAACCCGCUCGUCGAGCAAGCGCGGUCCGAUCUUCUGGCGAAGAUUUCGAGCUUCAGACCCUCGGAGACUGUAUUCGAGAUUGGUGCGCGAGGUGAGACGACCCCUUUGGCAAAGUUGAUGAAGGACAGGAGGAAGACAUUGGAGGUCAACAUUGAGAGGCGAAGAAUUGCAAAAGCCCAAGAAGAAGGCGAGAGGGACAGCGACGAUGAUGACGAGCAAGAUGAUGUAGAUGCCGCCCCACUCGAGGAGCAAGAGGGAGCAGAUGAAGAAGAGAUCAAGGCCGUCUUCGACACGACUCCUAGCGCAGAGACUUCCAGCGGGGUCAAGGGCAAAUCCGCCAAGAAGGACUACAAAGACCCAGACUUCUACAUGGGCUAUCAACAAAAGGACUCUCACGACGAAAAAGGCUAUUCCCUCUCUACUGGCUCCGACUUUGUUUCACAAGCUCGCAUGGCCUCCUUUGGUCUUACCAGCGACGACGGUACGAGGUUCGGCGUGACGUCCCAAGCGCCCAAUGCCUCGCGCUGGGAUGUCAAGAAGAAGAAGUUCGUAAAGGGCGAUGGAGAGGGCGCAGACAACCAGAAGAUGAUCCGCACAGAAGCCGGUACCAAGCUUCCCGCUUCCUUCAAGAGUGGCCGUUUUGAUGAGUGGAAGAAGAAGAAUCGAGUCGACUUUGCAAAAGUGGGGGAGAGGGAAGAGGAUAAUAAGAGCAUCAAGCGCUUUGGCAACAUGGGCGACGGAAACAAGCGCUUUAGGCAUACGGGCACGCCCCAAGCUAAGCGUCUUGAUCCGCUAGCUAGGGAUUACGAUUCGAAGAUGCGGGCUCGCCAGGCAAAGGCUGGCGAAGGAUCCCGCAUCGGUCGAGACGGACGAGAUGCCUCACAGCGUGCUCCGUCUCGACGAGGAGGUCCACCAGGGGGCAGAGGUGGUGGUAAAAUGGGAGGGGGAGGAGGUCGAGGAGGAAGUGCUGCAGGUGGACGUAAAGGUGGUGCAUACACUGGCGCCGGGGCGAGGGAUGAACUCAAGACGAGUCAACAGAUCGCAAAGGAGCGUAUGGCAAAGGAUCGUAGGAGGGAGAAGAAUGCUAGAGCACCGCGCAAGAAGAAGGGCAAGAAGUAAAUUGGUAUCAAAGAGGAUGCAAUUGCCGCAUCCCCGUCGGUCCUGCUCUACAAACCUCAUCAUUGUCCAUUCCAUACCCCAUCCUUGUGUGUAUGCUGAAAGAUGACCAGCACGUCAGCUGACCGUGUGCAACAACAUUUUGGUCGCUUCACCUAUCCCAUAUACUGGUCA